AUGUGUGAUCUUGAGUUCCUACUGCUCUUCAUGGAUGAUCUGGGUUAUGUUUCCCAAGGGAGUGCAAUCAUGGCUGGAAGUCUUGCCGGCAUGGUCGCUACUAUUGUGACCUACCCAACGGAUGUCAUCAAAACUCGGCUGAUCGUGCAGAAUCUGCUGAAACCAUCUUACACAGGGAUCGUACAUGCCUUCUAUAGUAUUUAUCACCAGGAAGGCUUUCUAGCCCUUUACCGAGGAGUCUCUCUCACCAUUAUAGGUGCUCUGCCAUUCUCUGCUGGCUCUUUCCUAGUUUACGUGAACCUGAAUCGCAUCUGGAAAGGGCCUCGAGAUCGGUUUUCCCCACUCCAGAACUUUGCCAACAGCUGCCUCGCCGCUGGGGUCACCCAGACAAUCUCCUACCCUUUUGAUACAGUAAAGAGGAAGAUGCAGGCCCAGAGUCACUGCUUCUCUCCUUAUGGUAGAGUAGAUCCCAACUUCUCAGGGGCAGUGGACUGCUUCCGACAGAUAGUGAAGACCCAGGGUGUGCCAGCCCUCUGGAAUGGACUGACAGCCAGCUUGCUAAAGAUCGUCCCAUAUUUUGGAGUUAUGUUUAGCACUUUUGAGUUUUGCAAGAGGAUCUGCCUUUAUCAGAAUGGCUAUACUGUGUCCCCUUUGAGCUAUAAGCUCACCCCAGGAGUAGAUCAGAGUUUACAGCCGCAAGAGUUACGGGAAUUUCAGAAGUUACUCAAAAAUGGCAAUUUGGGGGCAAGAAAACCCACCCUGUAAAACUGAACGAGGCUGAGACUCUAUGGCUGAAAGGUAUGUUAAAAACAUACAUAUAUGUGGUCAGAAGUGGCUGCCUCCAUCCACUGUCCUGAAAAAAUGAGAAGCUGGAACCUUAUAGCACCAUCUGAUCUGUGGACCACUGCCCCAUUUCAUGGCGACACCACUGUAGACUUGGAGGCCAACUGAUUAAAGUGCCUGGAGCUGUCCAUCGCUGUCCCGUAAAUGACACCCAAUUGCCCAGGGAUUUCCCAGACUGGGCAGUCGGUCCCAGUUCAAAGCUUCCCAAGGUCAGCUUUCCAAAGCCACAAUCAAACUCAUCUCUGUAGUGGAUAGAUGAUAAAGACCCGAAGAAGCAGAUUUGCUGGGCUCUUAAUCUUAAGAGUUCAGAAUGUAGACUGAAGUGAACAUUAACAAAAUGGGCAUCACACCAACUCGCGCUUUGCUUGCCAGUAUGCGAAGCUUACAGCAACUUGCAAAGACUAAAAAAUUUACCCAAAGUGGCACAGACCCAGUUGGAAUAGUUUGGCCCAGACCUUCCCAGGUUAAGGGAUCAUGGUUUCAUCCUUAUCCUAUUUAGUAUCAUAGAAUAGGUCAGGUUUCCAAAGAAACACAUUUUUAUGUAGAUCCAUUUCGUGAUGCCACAAGAAACUCCAAACUGCCCUCAACAGACUCGAUGGCCUGUAAAAAUGACUUACCAAUGCCUCUGACCUUCAUAAUUUCACUCUUCCCUAGCAAAGCCAAGAAUUAGUGCCUAAUUUUGAUAGCUCCAUUCAUUUUCUACCAUGGCCCAGUUGCAAAGAAGGAAAGUCAGAGAGCCUUAGCUUAAUUUUAGAAGGUCAUCAAGUUUGAAUCUUAUAUGAAUCAUGAAAUGAUCUCCAGAUGACACAAAACCAGAACAGAACAGAAAGGGACUUUGAGCUAAUCAUAACCAAGUAGAGAAUUGUCUUUCAGGAGCAAAAUACCUUGGAGGGUCUACACUAAGGGCAUAUGACUCUACCUUUGAAAUAAUUCUCACUUACAUUGUUCCAAAAAUAAUUGAAUAGCUAGUUGUUCAUUUAAUGGCCACAUCUUUGUGGUUGGGCCAUUUUUCUCUUCUUUUUCAAUGUUUGGAAGAUAUAUUGUAUAUUAAA